AUUCACAAAGGGUACUAAACGUUAAAGGAAAAUAAAAAGUAGGCGGGUUUAUAUCAAACUAGCCUCUUUCAGACAUUUACUUGUACACCAUGUUAUAUGUUUAUGUUGUGUAUGUAUAUACAUAUAUACUUUUUUUUCAGACAAUUUUAAACACUUAACAUAUUGCAAAAAUAUAUAUUUUAAGGAAUAAUUUCAUGUCUUAUAGGCUUCUUAACCUGCAAAUUAAAAAAAUAACAAAUCACAUACAUUUAAUGGAGUAAAAUAGUAGGCUCUAUUUCCUCUCGAAAGUACAAUAACAACAACACUUCUUGAGUAAAUUACUUAUAUUUUUAUUUGGAUUUACCCGGAAAAUCAUGUUGUAGGCAGAAUCAGUUGUAGUGGCCAUUUUGUAUAUAUAAAAAUCUAGAUCAUAUGAUAAAAAAGCUAUUUAAAAAGCCACUGCUGCACCAUGGGCUUGUAUUCUAUGCAGGUAAAAUAAGUCAAAUGUGUAUUCGAAGUUCCUCUGGUUUUCAUGGUUUAAUUUUCCAAAAAGAAAGUAAGCAAACAAAUGACAGGGGAAUCUUUCAUAGUUCUCCUGCACAGGAAAAAAAUGAAAAAUACAGCAAACACAGGCCCACCCAGGUGCAUUGUGGUCCUACACCUAUCCUUCUAUCUAUACAACCUUGGGUGCCCACAGUGUUACCAAAAUUCCCAAACAAAACAAAAUCGUGACCAGACAAAACUUAACGUGCUAAACAAUAAUUAAACUAAACUUCAACAUCUGUAAAUGUUUUGCAGUUAUCCCAUCUACUCACCCACAACACAAGUCAGGGUGCACAUUGCGUUUUCUCCACUAGGUGGAGCGCUUACCUCUUCUUUUGGCUGCGACAUCCACCACUAAAAACAGAGUGGACCUAAAUAACAGCAACAUAACAACAGUAUCAGGCCAACACCUCGUUAUUCACCCUGACAUUGUUUAUCAUGUGGUUUCACUGUAUGAUAUAUAUGUUAUUACAGUAGAAACAAGGGGUCUGUGGGGGGGAGGGGGUGACUGUGCGCCUCCCUGCCUGAAGCUCCGCUCCUUUGGACCAAACUUUGCCAUGUGAUUCACUGAGUCGCAACUGUUGCACAGACUUAUCAUUCAGUCCACUGAGCAGCCCUGACCUGCAGCAGCAGCAGCAGCCUCCCCAAACAUGAUCCCAUCUCCUCCGCGGCUCUUACUCACUGAAAGCAGUCGACCUACUCUUCGCGCAUCGGGCUGCGUUUUUUUUCUUCCUGCUGCGCGCGUGAAGUUUCUCCUCGGGAUGUGAUGGAAUUAAUUUGUGUCCGGAGUCGCUCUUUGAGGGAAAGGCUGCUGACGGAUGAACAGAAGCGGACUUCAAGACAGCGCAGCUCAGCGUGAUGGAUGAAACAUCGCCUACAUCGGGGAAUACAAAUAACUGGAAGGCUCUUUAAGAAGGUGACUGGAGACUUGCAAGAUUGGCAGAACCUAUUAAGAAGCAGUCUGUAAAAGCACAUCCAGGCACAGCUACAUCCAAGAAUGAGGAUCAAAUACACAAUAUACAUCGUCUUCUUUGUGACACUUGUUAUCAUUGAGAAGGAAAACAACAUUAUCUCAAGGGUUUCAGAUAAGCUCUCCUUAAUGCAGACCCCCCAGACCCCUCUACCGCCCAGUGGUUUCUCCCACAUACUGCUGAAGCACAAUGGUUCCUUAACCUCAAUCAGCAAGAUGGACUCUGCCUUCACGUUGAUGAAGCGGCGCCUGGAGAACUUCAGUGAGCACCAGGGGGUGGUGAGGAGGGGCAGGAAACACAUCCUCCUGUUGGCCACAACCAGGACGGGCUCCUCGUUUGUGGGCGAGUUUUUCAACCAGCAGGGUGACAACAUGUUUUACCUGUUCGAGCCGUUGUGGCACGUCGAGAAGAUGCUGACACUGGAAACUGGUGGCACCAAUGCCACAGUGGCAGCGAAGGCAUACCGUGACGUGCUCCAGCAGCUCUUCCUGUGUGACUUCUCCCUGUUGGAGAGCUUCAUCGAACCCCCCCCUGUGGACCACAUCACCCCUGCCCUCUUCCGCAGAGAGUCUAGCAUCUCUCUUUGUGAGGACUCGGUCUGCAGCCCUCCCAUCAAAGGAGUCUUUGAGCCUUAUCACUGCAGGACCAGGCGCUGUGGGCCCCUGAACCUGACCAUGGCAUCUGAGUCCUGCCUCCAAAAGGAGCACAGGACCAUCAAGUCAGUGAGGGUGCGCCAGCUGGAGACCCUCCGUCCUCUGGCUGAGGACCCACGCCUUGACAUAAAGUUCAUUCAGCUGGUUCGGGAUCCCCGGGCUGUAUUAGCCUCCCGCAUGGUGGCCUUUGAAGCCAAGUACAAGAACUGGAAACAGUGGGCUAUGGAUGGGGAUGUGCCCAUUGAUGACGAUGAAGUCAGAAAGCUGAAAGGGAACUGCGACAACAUUAGGAUGUCCGCUGAGAUCGGCCUGAGACGGCCACCGUGGCUUCGCAAGCGAUACAUGCUCGUUCGGUAUGAGGACAUUGCUCGGUUCCCCAUGAGGAAGGCCACGGAGAUGUACAAGUUUACUGGAAUCCCGUUCACUCCACAAGCGAAAUCCUGGAUCCUGAGGAACAUCCAAGCCUCUAAGAAGGCCAGUGGUGUCUACUCAACUCAGAAAAACUCCUCAGAACAAGUAGAGAAAUGGAGGUUCAGUUUACCAUUCAAAAUAGCCCAGGUUGUACAGAAAGUUUGUGGGCCAACACUGAAGCUUUUUGGGUAUAAAUCUGUCAGCAGUGAAGAAAUGCUCACAGACAAGUCGAUUAGUCUGAUUGAGGACAAGAUGUUCAACUUUUUAUCACAAACAUGAACUCUGAACCCUGAUGCAGGAAAAAAACAAUCCUUUGGAAAAUUGUGGAUAUUUAUUAGGGUCUUUUAUGCUGAUACUGAGAGCUUUAUAUUUUCUGACUGUGCUAUUUAAAGCGUUUUACUAUUUAAAACAAUUUGAUGAAGAAAAUGAUUGUUGAGAAGAAAAUACAUCUUGAGGUUUCAAUUACUGAAGCAAGGGUGUUUGAAACAAUAUAGGUACUGUACAUAUGGGUAUAGCAAGGUCAAAAUAGAAAGCUGUCUUUGUUUUUGCACUUUUUUCUCUGUUUAUCGUUGGCUUAUCCUGCAAGUCUGUCAAGAUUUAUUUCCUUAGCAAAUAUAGGAGGUCCUGGGGGAGAUGGCUGUCGGUUUGUGAACAAUAAGGACCUGUUUCACACUCAUUAGUUAUUUUUGUCUGGCAACUUCUGAGUAAUAAGCUGCUUUUACACCAAAGAAACUUGAAAUGUUUAUGCAUAGCCAAAAAAAAGGAAUUGCUUAGUAUAGCAAUUCUCAUAGCAGGAACAGGAAAUAUCAAUUUUUUGCCAGGUAAUUUCUACGCAUGAGAUUUAGAAGUAAUGUCCCAUGCUUAUUUAUUUAUUUCUUCUCUUUCCUCAAUGUCAUAAUGACUCCAGCUUUGAAUGUUCUCCACAGGUUCUUUUCCCCUCUGCAGGGGUACUUUUCUUGCACACGUAUACUGUAGUUUGCUGUACAUGCAUGUUUGUAAUUGGCCAAAAAGUUGUUUGAAGUUGUCCUCGGCACUGUAAGGACCCAUUCUGUAAAAACAGAUGUUUACACUGCCACUGUAUGCAAACAUUCCAACUGCAGCUGGUUUGCAGGAUUGUGCGAGGUUGGUCGGCAGGUCUCUGUCUGUUGACACAAGUCUCUCGGCUGGUGAAAAAAAAGAGGCCCUGAUACUUUGGCCGGCCAGACAGUUUUGCUGAUGUUCCAGUCUGUUCCUCUUGCAUUUUGUCUGUCACAAUAAACCUUCUUUUACAUGA